CGUCACCAGGCCUUAACCUACGUUACGUGUCCAGACCGUCAGAUGCUGAAUACCGUUACUGGAGAAAAUGGCCUGUUCUGCAAGCAGGCUGUAUGAGGCGAUGAGAUACCUACUGAUAGUGCUUUGUGCAUUGAUUUUUAUUAGUGGCUUUGUGCUGGUGGGCUUGGGUGCAUGGAUCAUAUAUGGAGCCAGCACCUUGGUGUAUGCCCUGGGCCCUUACUCAGUACAACUCAACAUGAGCUACAUCUGCAUUGGCGUGGGAGCCGUGCUCAUUUUGACCAGUCUCGCUGGAAGUUGUGGGGCUUGGAAAGAGAACCGCUGCUGCCUCAUGCUAUUUUUCAUCAUUUUGACAGCUGUUUUUGUCGCAGAAGUGGUGGGCACCAUUUUUGUCUGGGUUUACAGAGAAUUGGUGGGGCUGGUGGUGUGGCGGGCCACUAAGGAAUCCCUACAGAAGCUGUACAUGGGCCCGGCUGCAGCAGACCCCAUCUCUGCUGCAUGGAACACCAUCAUGAUCAAAUUCAAAUGCUGUGGUUUUGAGAACUCUACAGAGGAUUUUACAAAUUCAGCAUUUAGCCAGGCCACAGGACUCAGUUACCCUAAAACGUGCUGCAUCGAAAAGACAUCACCGGCCUGUGACGGGUUAAACUUAGCACCUGAUGUCAUUCAGCCUCAGAGCUGCUACAAGAAGGUGAUAUCAGUAAUCCGAGACAAAAGUGCAGUUCUUGGAGCUGCAGCAGGCACAAUAUGUGUAAUUGAGCUGGCCUCUAUUAUCCUCACCAUGCUUCUCUUUGUGAAGUUGGGUGUGAUGCAGAGAGAGGAGAGAGACAUGUAA